AUGAUUUCUGCAUUCCUUUAUAUCAGGAUUGAUCCUCCUGAUCAGGCCAACCACCAGGCAUGCCAGCGCUGCUUGUCACUUCCGGGGCUUGGCCAGUACACAUCGGGUGCCAUCCUCUUCGAGGAAACACUCUUACCAAUUGAGUCAUUGACCACCAAAGGCAGGAGGAUUGUUGAUGCGCUUGUUGAACCAAACAUCAUCCCGGGUAUUAAGGUCGACAAGGGUCUGGUUCCCUUGGCUGGUUCAAACAAUGAAUCAUGGCGAGCGAACGUUCGCAUCCCCAACGGCCCAUCUGCACUGGCUGUGAAGGAGGCAGCCUCGGGUCUAGCUCGAUAUGCUAAUAUUUCUCAGUUUUUGUCAGGUGGCCAAUCUGAAGUUGAGGCUACCCUGAACUUGAAUGCAAUGAACCAAGCCCCCAACCCAUGGCAUGUGUCACUCUCAUAUGCCAGAGCCCUUCAGAACACCUGCCCCAAGAAGUGGGGAUGA